AUGGCUGACAGCAAGGAGCUGGUUGCACAAGGUUUUUUGGAAAAGGAAAGCAAGUGGCUGUGCCGCUGGAACAAGCGAUGGGUGAGGCUCUACGGCAACGGAAAGCUGCAAACCUUCACCCAGGAGCCCAAGGAGGUACCUGUGGUUGCCUCCGGCUCAUUCUUGUCCGCAACAUUCUCAGAGGUUGCGCGCAUGACGCUGGAGGUGGAUAUCGUAGGUGCUGGGAUUGUGGGUCACGACCCCUCGUGCUUGGCCUUUACCUGGCGUGCCGGGCCCAAGUAUCGCCUGGAGAUACUGACGCAGACGGAACGCGUCCAUCUAGGGACGAACGAUUUACAGCUGUGCCAAGUCUGGUUUUCCAAACUUGGCGCUGUUGCACUUGCAGUGAGUCGCUCCGUGACGCCCGUGAACUCCCCGGCCAACUCAGCUCUUGCGCUGUCGCCGGUGGUGCAGCCAUACAUUGACAGUCCCCAAUCCAGCCAAAGUUUGGAUGAGGAGCCCGUGGGGGUGCCAACACCUGCGGCGCCAGGCGUCUCAGGAACCUGUGGCUCCGGAUCUGUUUGGGACUCCGAACCAUCUGAGGUCACAGGGGUCAUCAUGGACUCUUCAUCCACUUCUUCCAUGGAUGAUUUGGGGCUAUCCUCCACUGAGACACCUGAGAGCCCACAUGAAGAGAGCGCGCCGAAGGGAAAAGGAAAGGCCAAGGGGAAAGCUGGCCCACCUCCAUUGAAAGGGAAAGGCAAGGGUACAGGCACUGCAGGCAGUGCUGCUUCACCCUCCGAAGUCCCACCUCAGCCACCAGCUGCUCCAGCUGCUCCAGCGAAGGGCGCGAAGGGCGCGAAGGGCGCGAAGGGCAAGGGAAAAGGCCCUCCUCCGCCGCCACGGGCGCCACCCAAGGGCAAAGGGAAGGAGGCACCGGUGGGGAAAAGGCCCAGUUUUCGGGUCAGCUUGAGUGGGUUGAAGCACCACGCGGCCGCUUUUCAUGACCUCUCCUUUACGGAUGUGAAGUUGAAGGAGGAGGAAUGGACGCAGCUGCAUUCCCUCUUCCACAAGGAGGAGGUCAAGAAAGCUAGAGGAAGGCGGAUCGGAGAGACCAUUGUCUUCUCAGGUCAAGAUUUCCAAGCCUGGGGCAUCUUCAUGAAGAAGAAGGAGAUGCAAAUGGACUUGCAACCAUUCCAAUUAGAGCGUGCCUUGCUGACCUUGACGCCUUCCAUCGGCCAACUGUCUCCUGAGGAUUUGGAGAUGAUGCUGAACCACACCGAGGCUCUGAAGCUGCUCUUGGAGAGCGAGCACAAGGACAAACCCGAUUUACGCGAGCUCGAGUCCAAACUGUUGAGAGUGGCAGCAGUGCCACGCCUACCAGCACGCCUGAGGGUGAUGCUGACCAUGGGCACCUGGCGCGACACCGCGGCGCUGGUGUCGCAGAACGCGGUCUACAUCCGUCGCGCCUGCGAGGAGUUCCGCAAGUCGGACGCCUUGAGGCACUUGAUGGCUCUCACAGCCAUCAUUUACAACCGCGUGAUGUGGGGCGAGGAGCUUGAUGAUUCCAGUGGUAUGGCAAAAUGCUUUGACAUCAAGUCCUUGUCCCAGCUGAAAGCAACGAAGGCAACACAAGGUCGAGAUACAGCGCAUCCGCCCAUGUCGAUGCUGCACUUCAUCAUGAGCCUGAUGCGAAAGCAAUGCCCUGAAAGGACCUUGAACCAAGUCGAGUCGGAGUUUAAACAUGUGGAGUUGGCCAAGAACGUGGACGUGGGAGAGCUGACAACGAUCCUCCAAAAGUUGCAGUCAGCCGUCAACAUGAUCCACCAUGAGAUGGCGAAUCACCAUGAGGAUUACGUGCACGUAUUUCCUCCCCUGGCCCAGAACGCGCCAUGCGCGUCCGCAUCGUCCUCCGACAGCGACGAGACGUGCUCCCCCGAGCGGCGUCCCAGCGGUGGAAUGCCGAAGAGUUGCCUCGGGAAGAUGACGCUGUUGAAACAACAGCUGGAGGAGCAGCUGGAGAAGAGCCGACAGGAGAUUUUGGAGGCGGAAACAGAUGGGAUCGAGUUGCUCAAGUAUUUUGGGCACCAGGCACGCGGUUCCAAGGGCUCCAGCGGCUCCAGCCCUGCAAGCCCGAGCUCGAAGGAUGAAGCAGCACCAGGUGAGGUGAAAGAUUUCUUCAAGAACUUCUCGGAAUUUCUGCGCAAAGAUUUUAAAACCAGCUGGCAGGAUUUGGACGGCAAGUUCAAGCACGCGCUGGGCCGCACCCCGCGCACCCCACGCUGUUCACAAGAUCGUCGCGGGGCAGACGAUGCCUUGAAGGCACUGUUCUUCGCUCUUCGCAACAGCUCCUUGAUGGGACCCCUUGCGCUGCGCGUCCUCGUGCGAUCUGGUGAGCACGGCAGCUGGGAUCGAUCAUGGCACCAGGAUGCCAUGGUUGCCAAGUUGGAAGCCCUGCGGGAGGAUGUUCAGAUGAGCGCUGCCAGAGAGAAAGACUUCGUGAAUGAAUUGGGGGAGCUGCGGCGGAAGGUGGAAGGCCGUUACGAAGACCUUUCAGCUCACUACCGGCACUUGGACAAGGAUGUCCGGACUUCUCUCCGUGAGUUCCGGAGCGAAUUCUCCGAGGAGCAGCAAUCGUCCGUGAAGUGCUUGCAGGAUUUCCGCCUGUCCAUUCGGGACUUUCGAAGUGACCUCGAUGAGCAGCGUGAGUCUCUGAAGGUCUUGCAGGAGACGGACCUGAUGAAACACCUGGGAGAUGCCCGGCAAGUGCUAGCGGAUUUGCAGGAGGAGCGAUCUUGGCACCACGAGGCUAUGAAGAAGCUAAGAGAAAGCCGGGAGGAGCAAAAGAAGAGUUAUGAGGAAGAGGUAUCUGAUCUCGACAAGCGUAGCGAGAACUUCCGGCAGAUGUUGCGGUCUGCUUUGCCAAUGGAGCUGGACAAGCGUGAUCAGAGCUUGACCAAACAAACCGAAGAACUCUUCGAGAAGCUGCAGUCCUGGACUCAAGGACAACUUGAUGCAUACCUUGACCAAGCUCGGCUGCUAGACCAGACGAGUGAGAAAACCAGCACACUUCCCAUGGCGUUCUUGGCCCGUCCGGCGCUUCCGCCGUCGCACCUGGCUAAUUGCCAUGGCGAUCUGCGAUCCGCUCGAAUGAGGCCGGGCCGUCGGCAGGGCCGGCAGGGCCGCGAUGGUCGCCGUGGUGUUGCCGUGGCGUCCGCGGUGGCGGCGGCGUUGGAAGCCUGGAAGAGCGUCCGCAAACAUCGCUACACACCACCUUCGGUCGAAGCCCACCUGCGGCAGACGGGGAAGGCGGUGGCGGAGCGUGGCCUGUGGAACAUUGGUAUGGACCUCCUGCAGAGGGCACGAGUCUGGAAAGUGAAAGUGAGCCUGGACGUCUACAAAGACGUCUUGAAAGCUUGCGAAAGGUCGUCACAAGACCGCGCAGCUGUGAAGCUGCUAGAGCUCCUGCAGGAUGCCCAGACAGCUCCAGAUCUUGAGACGUACCGGCUCGUGGUCUCCAGCAUCCUCCGCGCACGGGAGCUCGUGCGCCGAAAGAGCAUCAAGUCGAAGUUGGACUUUCCGGUGGAUGAUGUGGAACUCACGGAAGUGCUGGAAGAGAUGUGGGAAGAGUUGCCCGAGGCAUCUCCCACGCUGCAGCUGAGCGCUUUGGAGAUCAUCGCCAGCACAGGCGAUUUGCCGCGGGCUCUGCAAGCCUUUGAGGCGAUGGAGCAGGAGCUGCAUGCCUUUUGCGCACUUCUAGUGGCGAGUGGCCAGGCAAAGCAACCUCAAGCCACAAAGGUGAUCUUGAACGAGGCCAUUCAGCGUUUUGGACAUGAAGCACUGCUGUAUCAGAAAGGUGUGCUGUCGCUGUGGACGGCGGGUGCUCCCAAGGAUGCUUUGAAACUCAUAGAGGAAGCCGCGAUCUACAGCUACGUGGUGUUGAAUCGGAAGCCCGCCAUGCUCCAGCCGUGGGUGGAGGAGGCGUACGAGACGCUGAAUGAAGAGCCAAAAACCGAAGCCGUCUCGGCCGUGGCACGAGCGCUGGCGCGUGCAGAUGACUGGCAGACAGCCCUCAAACUGGUGGACUACCUUCGGGACUGCGGCGCCAGGGCUGACGCUUCAGUGAUGAACGCUGUGAUCCACGCGUGCCACCGGCUGGGGCAAGGGCAAAAGGCACUGCAGGUGUUUGAGACGAUGGUCAGCAAUUUCCUGACACCAGAUGCCUUGUCUUAUCACAUUGCCAUCCUUCAGUUGGUCAAGGAACGGAGCGACAAUGCUGCACAGCUCCUGUACCGAGAAGUGACGCGGCGCCGCCUUUGCCCUGCAUGGAUUGCGGGGAAAACGUCUAUUUGCGUCACGGGCCUGAACGAUGAGUUGGCAGCCAUUGCGACCCACAUAUUUUUGGAGGAGGUCUCGAAAACAUUGGUGUUGCGGAAUUUGCGGAUCACCAUCUCAGCGGAGAGUUUGGUGGAUUCACCGCACGACAAGGCCAUCAAAAAGAAAUUGACCAAGCUGAUCUCCAGAGAGUACGGCCUGCGGCCAGACCUGCUCCCUGCGGGGGAAAUUUGGAUCAACAGGUUGGAGGUGAAGAAAUGGAAAGGUAAGAUGGAGCCACGAAAGAGAAAGAUCCGCAAAAGCGAGACCGCCUUGGAUUUUUCUUGGAAGGACAUUUUGGACAAGCUGAACCCCGACUUUUUGCUGAUGAAGGACCAAUUGGAGCGCCUGGGAGACACUGUGAAUCAGAUCGCUUCCCAGGUGCCAGCGUUAGUCCUGGGAGACGCCCAGGUGCGCGAGGAGUGCAGGAUUUUUCGGUCUGACAUUGGCAAACUGAGCGACGAGAUGGUGCAUAUGGGCGAGUCGCUACGUUUGGUGCUGCCAUGGGUGGAUUGGUUGCGUGAGCCAGGGAUGCGGAACCUGGAGGAGCGGCUGGCGGCUUUGGAGCAUCUGCUCACAGAGGGCCUCAAUAGCCAGGGUCUCCAGGGGUCUCGCUUCAGCAGCUUCGAGAAGGAGCUUCAGGAUCAGCAGAGAUGUACCAAUGAGCUGCAGGCAGUCUGCCGGAAGCUGCCGGAGGAUUUGGAGUUGCAGCGUCGGAAGCUCUUGGGCCUUGAGGUGAACCUGCGGAAGUAUCUUCUCAACAGUGAAGAGCUCAAGAACUUGCGGCAGGACUUUGACAGCAUCAGAGUUCGGCUGAAGCGCUGCGAGGUAAAUCAGCUCCAAGAGCAAAAGAACCUCAAAAUUUGUCAGGAGAACUGCUCUCGGUAUCGAAAGGCCUGCGAAGACAUCUAUGCCAAGUGCCAUCAGGAGACGCUGCAACGCGGUGACUCGCGCAACCUGAAGGAAUAUGAAGACGCAUAUGCCAAGUGGCGCCAGGAUGCUGUAGCCUGGCAGCAAGAGCAGGUGCGCAAAUUGCAGGGCCAGAAGUGA